CGGAUUUGUUCCCCGCAACAGCCCAACAUCUCGGACAUCCUCCCCUUUCUCUUCCACGCCGCUGCUGACUGCAAAUGGAGACACCGCCCCAAGCCCGGGGUCCAGGUCGUUCAGGACCCCGCCGCCGCACCGGAUGCCUCACCUGUCGAGCCCGUAAAGUACGCUGCGACGAAGCGAAACCAAACUGCGCCAACUGCAGUCGUCUCCGGCUGCAAUGUGUCUACAAAAACGUGAUUAUUCAAGGGAUACCCCGUGCUCGGUCAUCUCGCGCUCGAUCGACUUCCAGUACUACACAGGAGCCCGAGGAAGCGUCGCCUGCUUCUGCUGUUAGCGACAUUCGUACUGUGCCCCGACCGAGCGAGCAAGCACGCCAUCAGCAAGCGGCAGCUCAACAGCACACAGCUUUACCGUCAUCCAGUCCUGAGGGACCACCUCUUUCGGAUUUCCCCGUCCCUUUCGACAUGCUAGGGUUUAUUGGGGAAAUCACUUCUGAUUUCCAGCAGAAGCAUAUCGAUCUCACGAAUGGGGGGACCAUCGCCUCCUCUUCAACGGCUAUCCCCGAGGUCGAUGGUAGUCUGUUCCAUGACGAGCGACAGAUGACCUGGGGUCCUGGGGGACCAGGGGAUAUUGGACUUUUACCAGACCAGAACUCUCCUCGAAGGUCGAGCGCGGGAGAAAUCUGGGAGGAAGAGCUGCUUGAUUAUUUCCGGGAGAGAGAGGCCCCGCCUACGAUCUUUGGACCGGUCGAUUUGGAGUGGAAGUAUGUGAGAGAUGCUAUGCUUUCUGAGUCCGGGGACUCUCGUGCGCUUCUACUAUCUAUAUAUUGCUAUUCGGACUUCCAUAAGGCUUGGGUUGAGGGAAGGCCAUGGAAACUGGCGCCAACGUAUCAUGCGCAGGCGAGUUCGGAGAUUCAGACUUCUUUACUGGGGGAUGUGGGCGAAUUGUCGCUCAAGAGGAUAUUUAAGAGUAUUUUGCUGCUUAUGUUGGCCGAGCUCAUAUCCCACGAGAACUGGCGUCCAGCAACUCCGUUCCUCCACACCUCCUACCUCAUUCUCCAACGCUUUUAUAGUCGUACUCGGUCCUGGACUGGACUCGCCCAUCUCAUCGCCUCAUGGGUCACUCUUCUCGACAUCAAAGCCCUCGUUGCUGGCCGUGACGGGGACCCUCUCGCCGACUUUGGAAACCUCACCCCUCCUGAGGCCAAUAACAUCUCCAACCCUGCCUCAGAAAGCGAUGACACCUCAGACGACCCUCUACUCACAUGCCCAACCUACCUAAUCACCCACUCGAUCACUUCCCCAGCCUUCACCUUCUUCCUCGCCACUCAACAACUCACACGGCGCAUCGUCAUAAUAGACCUACACCACCGCACUCGUGGCACCGUCUCCGACGAGUUCGAAGUCCUUCAGAUUGCACACGCAGUCUCCGCAGACCUUGAGACUCUCUGGAACCGCCGCCCAAAAAUCCUAGACCUCUACUCCUCAACACCCGGGGACGAAGAAUCCCUCUAUGAUUUUCUCGCCCCGGCCCUGGCAACGACUAUCAUUCGGACUUUCAGGACGUACGUUGCGAACUUCCUCGCCUUGUUCGUAUAUCUCCACCGUGUUGCGUUUGCGAUCUACCCACGUACCGAUAGGGUCUAUCGAGCCGUGGACCAGAUUAUCCAUCUUGCGAAGGAGGAAAGUAGUCGUCCACAUCGGUCUGGCAAUACCUCCAGAUCAGGAUCCGUGCCAAUGGGGUUUAUAUGGCCUUUAUUCAUUGCGGCCCUAGAAGGCUCAAUUGAGCAGCGGGGUUGGAUCGUCGCUGAGAUACAGCGCAUGGCGGCACUGGGCCCGGGACUGGGGCACCCCAACACAGGGAAGGCGUUAGUGCUGCUUGAGGAGAUGACGAGGCGCCAGGAUACAUCAAGGACGUGGGCGGAUUCGAGGUGUGUGCGCCGGGAGCUGUUUGCGGAUUUCUUUGUAAUGAUAUAACUGUAUAUAUACUUCCAUCUAAGUUAUGGCACGACAGAUCUGAGAUCGU